AUGGCGUCAUUUCAUCGUUUGACCGCGCAAAGUGAUGGGGAUGAAGAUGAAUGUGAUGAAGAUUAUGUGAUAAACAUGACGAACAUGAUGAACAUGGUGAACGUGAUGAAUAUGGUUAUAAUGGAUAAACGCGGUGAACAUGACGAACAUGAUGAACAUGGUGAACGUGAUGAACAUGGUUAUAAUUGUGAACAUUUAAACUACGGUGAACUGGACCAAGGGUCGAAUUUGAAAAGUAAAGAUAUGAACGCUGGGGAAGAUGUCGCUCCUCUCAAAAAUAUUCAAAUGUAUGUUACAUGUUGCAUGAUGCUGACGAGUCAGAUGACGCUAACGAUGUUGCUGAUGCCUGCUUUUGAUGUCAUGUUGUUGAUGUAA